AUGAAAUAUGCACAUGACGUUGUUGACAAAAGAGCCAGGGUCUAUGGGGUACUUGAGCAAAUUGAGGGGCUAAAUUUCUUUGACAGAACAAGAGUUGGGCAGAUGAUUGUGAAUGAUCAGAAAAGGGUCAACUACUUCUUUAGCUUGCCCGAUACUGCAAAGCCAUAUUGGUUGCAAAUGCUUCUUGGUGGUGUGCCCAAGAUUGGGUUUGUGAAUUUGUUGCAACGCAGAAGGGGAUUUAGGGGAGGUAUGGCAAAGAAAAUGGCUUGGAGUUUAGAGAAAUGCGAAGUGAAUGGUGAAACCAAGUUAGGGCUGGUUCAACCAGCGACGGAGGAAUAUGCUGAAGAGGCAAUUGAAGCUCUGAAAGCUGGGAAAGUCAUGGCAGUGCCCACUGAUACACUUUACGGAUUCGUUUGUGAUGCUUGGGCAACCUUGACUCUUGUUCUUCUUAAAAUAUAUUCCAGUGAUAGUUUGUUUUGGUGUUGGGCCUACUGCACUUCUACGGAAGCAGUUAAUAGGAUUUAUGAGAUCAAAGGGCGUAAGCAUAUGAGCCCACUUGCAAUUUGUGUUGGGGAUGUACAGGACAUACAAUGUUUUGCCAUCACGGAUCAUUUGCCUUGCGGCUUGCUUGAUUGUCUCCUUCCAGGACCUGUAACUGUGGUGUUAAGGCGAGGAGUUCGAGUGCCUGACUGUAACUUUAUCAGGGUUAUUGCCCGUGGUUCUGGAACUGCACCAGCCCUUACGAGUGCAAACCUUAGUGGAAAGCCUAGUAGUGUAGACAUCAAAGAUUUUGAGAAUCUCUGGGAGCACUGUGUAUACAUCUAUGAUGAGGGUAUGCUUCCAUUGGGACGUGCAGGAUCGACGAUUGUGGACUUUUCCAAGCUGGGCAAGUACAAAAUUCUGAGACCGGGGAGGGUUAUUGCCCGUGGUUCUGGAACUGCACCAGCCCUUACGAGUGCAAACCUUAGUGGAAAGCCUAGUAGUGUAGACAUCAAAGAUUUUGAGAAUCUCUGGGAGCACUGUGUAUACAUCUAUGAUGAGGGUAUGCUUCCAUUGGGACGUGCAGGAUCGACGAUUGUGGACUUUUCCAAGCUGGGCAAGUACAAAAUUCUGAGACCGGGGAGGUAA